UGGGGACGUACAAGGGGACAAACGCAAGGACCUACAUGGGGACGGACGUACAAGGGGACAAACGCAGGGACCUACAUGGGCACAGCUGGAGAAGUUUUCCCCGGGCUGGGAUGACUGGUGAGUUCCAGUUUGUCGCCUCUGCCCAGAGUUCGGCGGCAGGCGUAAGUAAGUAUAUUGAUAGUCUUAUUAACCCCAUGACCAAUAAUGUUAUGUAUAUUAAUAAAGUCUUACUGACCGGAUGAACAAUAAUGUGUAUAAAGUGGAACAUCCAUUUAUGAACCACUCUAUUUGCAAACGUUUCGACUGCACCAAACGUCCCUAAGUGUCUCUUUGUACGAACGCUUCCUUCAUUCAUUUUGUGUGUGCGGCUGCCAUUUUGAUGACGUCACUUCCUGUGCAUCAAGGUUCGCAGGGGCGCAGCCACUUUUGGGUAGGCGGAGCACGUCGUCUGCCAUUCGUAGACAGCAAGGUAAAAAUAUACUUUUUAACUUUCUUUUUUUUAUUGUAUUUUAUGUUAUUGUUUGAGAGCACUGAAUGGACUUUUGUGUGACCUUGCGACACGCCCACCUCCAGGCCGUGUGCAAAACACAAAGUGCACCUUUUCAAUGGAGCCAAAAUACUGCCAGAGAUUUACGAACUAGGCGUGCUCUCCGUCAACAUGACGCUUCCCAGCGCCGUCAUCACGGGCACGGUCGGCGGCGAGGCCCUCCUGGCCGCGACCUACGUCAGCUUUAGCGCCGACCUGCCCGUCAUCAAGUGGCAGCUGCGCAGGGAGAAGUCGGUCACCGUCGUCCAGUCCAUCGGUACGGACAUCGUGGGCACGCUCAGACCCGAGUAUCGCGAUCGCAUCCUGAUAUUCCCCAACGGAUCGCUCCUCCUGCACAACCUGAGGCUGUCUGACGAGGGCACGUACCAUGUGGAGGUCUCCAUCACGGACGAUACGUUCACGGGGGAGGGAAGCAUCACGCUCACUGUAGACGAGCCGCUCUCGCAACCCUCGGUCCUCCUGGAGACCACCUCCGUGUUGGAGCGCAGUCAACACGUGGUCCUCACCUGCUGGCACGCCGCGGGCACCAGGCCCUCCUACAGGUGGUUGAAAGGCGGCGCGGCGCUGGGCAACGACAGCAGGCUGGUGCUGUCACAUGACCACAAGAACCUGACCAUCACUCGGGUCACCAUGGCGGACGACGACGUCUACGGCUGCGUGGUGGAAAACCCCGUUGGCACGGCAACCAGCCCGCCGGUCAGACUGAGUGUCUACAAAAGAAGUUCCAUCUACAUCAUCCUCUCCACCGGCGGCAUCGUCCUCCUCAUCGCCUUGGUAACCGUCUGCGCCUGCUGGACGCCAUCCAAAAAGAAAAGAGGAAAACCUUUCUCCAGGUUUUAUAAUCAACACACGUCAAGACGUCACUCAGCCGAUGCAUCUCCUGAAGAGACGCAGCACCGUGGAAAGAACGCCGUGACGUCGCUUGGCAUCCUGCAGCAAAAGGAUCUCUCCCCGGGCGACUCUUCCGUCAACAGUGUCGGUUCCACUUGUGAAGCCGAGCAUCCUCCGCCUUACAGCAGCUACAUGGACUCUCUCACCAGGGCUCAUGUUCACUCCAUGCUCAAGUCCAGCUGAAACCCUGCAACACCUUCAAAUAACGUCCUUCGUAAACACUGAUCUCAUCUCAUUAACUGACGUGUAAUUAGGAGACUUUACUCUAAUAUCAAUGCCAGAUUUCAUUACCACUCUUCAUAUUAAAAAAAAUGACUUUCUGCACACUUUGACCCUUUUUACAGGGAAAU